UACCGGCUACCUUCUUUGCGGAUGCUUGCGACGAGAUCCAUCAUAGAUUCCUUGAGGAGUUGUUCUUGUUCAUAUGAAACCGGAAAGGGUGUUGCGAUAGAUUGUUAUUUAGUAGGAUUUAUGUCUGAUAAGAGAGUUUCACCAUCGAUGUGGCACGUGCACGCUACAGCCUGAGGCAGAUCAACAGGGUUGGCUGACUUCAUCGAACCAUAAGAUUCAUAUUCGGACAGAGGACUCAAUAGUAGACCAGGGAGACUGUGAGCACAUCCUGUCUCUUCCUCCCCAUGGGUAUUCAGCACAAAGAUGCUAAAUGGUCUACAAAGUGAUAGGCCUCAAACUUCAUGUGAUGUCACACUUGAAUCUGAUACAUUAAAUUAAAUAUACCCCUCGUGCUUUUCUAAUGAGCAUAUCCUUCCGCCUUCACCACCUUCACUUUAUAUUUUCACCUGUGAAUCAUAGCCUAUUAUAUUACUGAUAGUUGAUUUGGACUGGUUCUUCUCCAUACCACCUUCUCAGGUGGAAGCGAAUAGUAAGAAUGGAAUUUAAUAUUGACGAUGGGCCCCCAGGCCGGAAAACCCGCGCCAGAGAAGGCCUACAUCUUAGAGCUUUGAACGUCGAGAAAGGGGCAAAAAGAUUCUCUUCCAGAGCGCCAGACUCGUUUCCUCCGCAAGGCGCAGCAUGGCGGAAUAAUCUGGCUGCUCUUUCUCAACGUCGUAAUCUUCUGUUUGUGGCCUAUACCCAUCAAAUCUAUGUCUGGGAGCCAGCUGGGUCGUUUCAGACCCUGGGAUCCAGGCCUGAAAUGAUAAUAACUCCUGUCAUGAAGGACCCCUAUAGCAGCGGGUAUAUAUCACCACAUAUGCCUCACGCCAUCAAUAAUAUCCUUGUGGAUGAUCUGGGGCGCGAUGAGGUCCUUCUGCUGGUCACUGAUUCGGGCAAUGUCUGCGGCUAUCGUGUUGAGGCUAUCUUCUCGGCUUUAAAGCGGGCUGCAGAACGUAAGGAGCACCGCCCUUUCGAUGGCUCCCAAGUGGAUCCUUUCUUUGUCGAAUAUGUCGAAGCCAGCGCCUGGGGGCUAGCCAUACACAAGUUCUCCCGCCUGAUUGCAGUGACCGCAAACACAGGCCUUGUCACUGUUUUUGCAUUUGCACUUGUGAAUUCUGCUUCUGGCAAAGGCAACGACACAUGCCAGGGUUUAGGGGAGGAGGAGGAUCUCACUGAUUACGGCCAGACUUGGCUGGAAAUAAAGAGUGAUGAGGAGUUCAAACAGCUACGACAUUUGAUGCCUGCGAAGCACCGAAAACGGAACAUGCGCUUAACUUUUACCGGACACUUUACCAACAUACCAUCUGUCUCAUUUCUGAAUUGUGAUCUUGACCCAAAUGGAACAUGGAUGGUCAGUACAGAUAUCGAAAAUCAGGUUUUUGUCUGGAAAACCUGGGAGGGCCCUGGCCCAUUUAACGUGUACCACUUCGGCGAUUCUUCUUUCAAAUACUUCCCAGAAACAUUCAAUCAUGAGUAAGGCCUGUCUUGGAACAUUGUCUCUGAUAAGCUUUCACUGACGGACAAGGUAGUAAAGAGCGUGGUUGGUCAGCCAUAGCCCUUGACCCACGUACUUUUCAUCUACUCAAAUCGACGAAGGAUGCGUGCGGUGGUCAUCCUCACCGUCGUUUAGAGAAUGGUCGACCGGUCCUGGACCUGACCAAGUUGAGCAGCCGAGUGCCUAACGCGUCUCGACUCUACAAUUAUUUCCCUCCUGCGGUUAAGGCUGAACCAGAACAAUCGAUCUUACCUGACAUAUUUGAGCCAGAUUGCUGCAUUAAUAGAGAAAGUAGUGCCCGCCAGUCUACCAGUCGUGCCGUGCACGAUGGUUUAUUUGCGGAAUGUCAACGUGCAGAUGA